AUGACCCGAGAGAAAUCUAACACCCAAGCAGCAAGACCUUCCUCGCCAGACUGUGCGAGCAGGCUGAGCGUUACGAUGGUACAGAUGGUUACCUACAUGAAGGAAGUCGCCAAGCCANNGAUCGGUGGUGAACUCACCGUUGACGAGCGCAACCUCCUCUCUGUCGCCUACAAGAACGUCGUCGGUACCAGACGUGCCUCGUGGCGCAUCAUCUCCUCGAUCGAGCAGAAGGAGGAGCANAAGGGUUCCGACAAGCACGUUACCAUCAUCCGCGAUUACCGCCAGAAGAUCGAGACCGAGCUCGAGAAGGUCUGCCAGGAUGUCCUUGACGUCCUUGACGAGUCCCUGAUCCCCAAGGCCGAGUCUGGCGAGAGCAAAGUCUUCUACCACAAGAUGUGUGUUUACAUUACAUCAUUGAUUUUGAGUCACUUUUCUGACAAGCAUCCAGGNAAGGGUGACUACCACCGCUACCUCGCCGAGUUCGCCUCUGGCGACAAGCGCAAGACUGCCGCCACCGCUGCCCACGAGGCCUACAAGGUAUGUUGCCAUUCAACCCUGUCGCUGCACUGGACCCUCGCUGACCAACUCUUCCCCAGNAGCGCUACCGACGUCGCCCAGACUGAGCUUACCCCUACUCACCCCAUCCGCCUGGGUCUUGCCCUCAACUUCUCCGUCUUCUACUACGAGAUCCUCAACUCCCCCGACCGCGCAUGCCACCUCGCCAAGCAGGCCUUUGACGACGCUAUUGCCGAGCUCGACUCGCUCUCAGAGGAGUCCUACCGCGACAGCACCCUCAUCAUGCAGCUCCUCCGUGACAACCUCACCCUCUGGACCUCGUCCGACGGCAACGAGCCAGAGCCCGCUGCCGCCUCCGAGGCCUCUAAGACCGAGGAGUCCAAGACCACCGAGUCUGUCGAGGAGCCCAAGGCCGAGGCCUCGUAA